GUUCAGCGUCCGAAAAUUGCACCUAACAGCGAAAAAGAAAAAUACUGUAGGAAAGACAAUUGUUGUGGCUUUAAAUUGGAUAUUUGAAGAUGGCCUGGACAUCCAAUAGAUUUAAUGAUUUUACUUCCAUGAACAACAACGUGAACAGAGCACCUAGUCGACAAACAACAAGCGGGUCAAAGUAUAAUUCAUUCAGAGGGACACAGUUUAAACAAAGCGCCACAGGGCAGAGUCGAGGUCAAGGUACGACAUGGGGUGCUGGAGCCCAGGGUGGCCCAGGAUCACGGGGCUUUCAGCAGCAAAGUUUUGGUGCACCACCUGCAGGGAGAAGUACAAAUGCAGUGGCCAAGUUGGAAAACCUUCAUGUGGGCUCAGUGGCAACUGUGAUUGGAGUUGUGAUUGCAAAAGAAAGUCCUCGUUCAAUAUUUUCGCGAAUAAAUUCAGGAACUGAGCGUCACCUGAUGGGUUUCGUCCUGCGAGAUUCACCAACAGCAUUUGUGCCGAUCACUUGCUGGGGAGGACAGGACUACAUCAGGGAUAUGCAUAGGUCAUUUUCAAUUGGGGAUGUAGUGAAAGUUUCCAACGUACAAGUACAGCAGAAUGCCAGUGAUGGUUCUGAUGAGAAGUUUAGGGUGUCUUCACCGCUAGCAUUCCACUUAAGUGCAAGUGAAAACCACUGCAGUGUAUCCCUCUACGAGGGCCUUGACCUUGGGAGUUACGCACCCCUGCACUACAUCCCGAUCAAGCCCAGCAGUGACUACUACACACUUGAGGAUGUGCUCGCUAAUGGACAGACACUUAAUGGGGAGCAUAUUAGUCUGCUAGUGGUUGUCAGAAAGGUGGGCCCAGCACGAGACAUCACAACCAAGGCAGGCAAGCACACAAAACGAUGUGAGGUGAAGCUGUUUGAUGAGAGUUGUGCCUCCUUCCCUCUCGUCCUGUGGGGUGAGGAUUUGGUGGAUCUUGCACAGUCUUGGACACCUAUUGAAACAGUUCUGUUUGUUGGUGAUGUGAGGAUGAACUAUGAUGACUACCGCUCCGGUAUGUUGGCCACUGCCGACUCUAAAACUGUCAUCACUCCUAACCCAGAUACACCAGAUGCCAAGUGUCUGUUCCGGUAUGGGCAGACUCAGACAUGGCUACUGGAAGAAGAUGGGCCGGGAAAUUACUCCACAGAACACUCAGACCCUCCUUUGGCAGACAUCCAGUCCAUUAUUGUGGUGGAGCAGAUUGCCAGCCGGGAGGGUGUCACCUCAGACUAUGCUCAACUGUAUGCGGCCAUUACAAAGUUGGAUCUGGAUGCCGAAAACACUGAUCGGUUCUUCAGAAGAAGAUGUGCCAAAUGCAAGCAGAUGGUUACAAUAUCCAACAACUACCAGUGUACCAACCAGGCAUGCACACAGGGGGCCCUGGGCAUGUUCAACACAUCUGGGCAGAUAACUCUAGAUGAACCAGAUACAGAGUUCUCCAUCCCUGUGGACAUUUCUGACCACACAGGAACAGUGCAUGCAUGGUUGUCUGCCCCUGUUCUGGAGUCAAUGAUCGGAUUCAAGGUUGAAGACCUGUUGCAGCUACCGUCUGAACGGAGGACGCAGUUCAAAUGGGGCUUCCUUCUGGAGAGAUGCAAGUUCUACAUCAGAAUGAUUCGCAACACCAGGCAGCCAGAGAGGAGUACAGUGAAGGUGUUGGUCUGCAGCAGAGCUGACCCUGCCGAAAUGAUGACAAACAUUUCUCGAUGAAAUCGAUCAUUGCAAUUGGCAACAUGAUACUUGGAAUAGAUACAAACUUUGAAAUCUUAACUGGAUUUAAUUUAAAAACUUAAACUUUCAAGUCCUUGUUCCUUUUGAUCUUGAUAAAAAGAUAAAAAAAAAUCUUUGUGAAUUUUUGUUAAAUACCAACGAUGUAAAUCCAAUGAUGCAAGUGCAGUUUGAUUUCAUUUUUGAAAAUGCAAUUAUUUUCGAUGUGGCUUAUUAUGUUUCUAUUUGAAACCGGUUCAAUAUAUGUGUACGUGUAUAAAUGCGGUAAAAUUCAACAGUGAUAAGAUUUAAACCUGGGAAGAUUUUCAGAUGAAACUUGUCAUACAUGUUAACAAUUGCAACACCCAUUGGGACCAUAUUGAUAAUGAGUUUACAACUAAAUAUCGUAAGAUUGAGAAUUUUAGUUUAUAGAUUACCUUAAGAUCCCAUAGUGAAUUGCAAGUGUUAAGUGUUAUUUGCUGAUUCUUGAAAACACAUGCAUUGUGACUUGUGAAAAUUGUUUGUUACUGGAUCAAGAAGCAUUUGACUGUCAAUAUUGUCUUCUCAUGUAGUUCUUGGUCUGUGACAGAGUUAACUAUUGUUGAUUACUUUCACUUUCUUGUAAACUGAAGAGCUGUGAUAUUUCUGUUAUAUAUAAUCCAUUUUACACUAUUAGUUUGUUUGUUAUACAAUUUAGGUUUGGCAACC